AUGAUGCUGCCAGACUCACCUGGCCAUUUUGGCGUUGGUGCUCAGGAGGGGUUGUAUGUGUGUUUGUAUGCAUUACUGAGGAGCAGACAUCCCGGGAGAGUUAUAGCGCGUGCGUUGGGUACUGCAAGAUUAAGAUGCUUGGUAAAGCAGCUGGAGAAGGGUGACAUUAAUGUGGUGGAUUUAAAAAAGAAUAUUGAAUAUGCAGCGUCUGUGCUGGAGGCAGUUUAUAUUGAUGAAACCAGGAAGCUUUUGGACACUGAGGAUGAGCUCUCUGACAUCCAGUCGGAUUCGGUCCCGCUGGAAGUGCGGGACUGGUUGGCUUCUACGUUCACAAGGGAAAUGGGAAUAGUGAAGAGGAGACCUGAAGAAAAGCCCAAAUUCCGAAGCAUUGUGCACGCUGUACAGGCUGGGAUUUUUGUAGAAAGGAUGUACCGAAGAACUUCGAGCAUGGUUGGUUUGGCUUACCCAGCAGAAGUGAUAGUAACAUUUAAGGAUGUUGAUAAAUGGUCUUUUGACGUAUUUGCCCUAAAUGAAGCAAGUGGAGAGCACAGUCUGAAAUUUAUGAUGUAUGAGCUGUUUACCCGAUAUGACCUUUUGAGCCGUUUCAAGAUCCCUGUUCCCAAUCUUAUUUCAUUUGCGGAAGCUCUUGAGGUUGGUUACAGCAAAUACAAAAAUCCGUAUCACAAUUUGAUCCAUGCAGCUGAUGUUACUCAAACUGUGCAUUACAUAAUGAUUCACACUGGUAUCAUGCACUGGCUCACAGAACUGGAAAUCUUAGCAAUGAUCUUUGCAGCUGCUGUCCAUGAUUAUGAACAUACCGGGACCACGAACAAUUUUCAUAUUCAGACAAGGUCAGAUGUUGCAAUAUUGUACAAUGAUCGUUCUGUUCUUGAAAAUCACCAUGUCAGUGCUGCUUAUAGACUCAUGCAAGAAGAAGAGAUGAACAUUCUGGCAAAUUUAACCAAAGACGACUGGAGGGAGUUGCGUAGCUUGGUCAUUGAGAUGGUCUUGUCUACAGAUAUGUCGGGUCAUUUUCAACAAAUUAAAACAAUGCGACAUACUCUACAGCAGACAGAGGGGGUAGACAAAGCCAAAGCCAUGUCUUUGAUUCUACAUGCAGCAGACAUAAGCCAUCCAGCAAAAUCCUGGGAACUGCACUACCGGUGGACCAUGGCCCUGAUGGAAGAAUUUUUUCGACAGGGAGACAAGGAGGCUGCUUUAGGUCUUCAGUUUUCCCCACUCUGUGACCGGAAGUCUACUUUGGUAGCUCAGUCCCAAAUAGGUUUCAUUGAUUUCAUAGUAGAACCAACAUUUUCUCUUCUUACGGACUCAAUGGAGAAAAUUGUUAUGCCUCUUAUAGAGGAAGCGUCAAAAUCUGAAAGUCCUGCAUUUGGGACACCCAGCCAAAACAGUUUGGGAACAGUAAGCAAUGCUGAAGCACAAAGACGACCCAGUUUUAAAAGUACAAGUGAUGGAGGGCCUCACACAGAAAAUUCUCUAGCAACUGUAGACCUAACGAGCUUUAAGGACAACUUGAUGAAGAUCAUUCAAGCAAACAAAGAAAGAUGGAAAGAAUUAGCAGUAGAAGAUUUACUAAUCAAGUCGGUCAAUGGUUGGCAAGCUCAGGCUCCAAGCAGCAUGUCCCUCCCUUGCCCUGUCCCAAAAGUCCCAACGUUCAAGCCCCUGUGCUUACAGCUAAACAGCAAAAGAGAAGUAAAAGGUGGAGAAAGGCCAGGAAAAGGAAGUCGAUGGACAUACACAGAAGAGAAAGUACCAAAAUGUAGAAAAGCUUCCUCAUCACUUAGCAGACCAUGUCCUGAAAGUGUUGCUACAUACACAGGCAGUAACGUAGCUGAGCUGGUGGAAAUCAGUAUUGUACUUGAUAAUGCAGACUCACCAGAGCUUCUGCAGCAGCAGCAACUGUGGAGAGCAGAGUCCUACAGCACGGUGCUAGAGACUGAGCCGUGUGACAGGUUUAGUGUUUCGUGGACAGUUUAG